ACAUUCCCUGGUGGAAGCGGUUUUGUGCAGGCUAGUGAGAAAGCCGCAACAUGGGGAACGAUAAGUACAUGCUCUGUACGUUCUUACUAUGAAAUUCGUCUAUUUUUAUUUGAGAAAAUUCAAAAGGAACAACUGGCUUCCAGAUUUUAGGACGAUGGAAAUUUAACGGCGAUGAAAUUCUCUGCUUCGACCGCUAUAGACGUUGACACCAAGAAACAAUUUCCUUAGGUUAUUCACCCGGAAUAAAGCUGUUCUCUGGACAGGCUACACCGGCCUGUGCAGACUCUCUCAGCCAUGGCUCUGGUUACUUUGCAGCGCUCCCCUACCCCAAGCGCUGCAUCCACAGCCAGCACAACCACCACCAACGUGGGGGAGGACUUUGGGAGUGAUGAUGAGCGCCGGCUAAAUCAGAGCCUGAGCGAGAGCUUCUUCAUGGUGAAGGGUGCCGCCCUCUUCCUGCAGCAGGGCAGCAGUCCUCAGGACCAGAAAGCACAUCCCCACCACAAACAUGCAGGAGACUUACCUCAGCACCUGCAGGUGAUGAUCAACAUUCUUCGCUCGGAGGACCGAAUCAAACUGGCGGUGCGGUUGGAGAGUGCCUGGUCAGACAGAGUGCGUUACAUGGUGGUGGUGUACACCAGCGGACGACAGGACACAGAGGAGAACAUCCUGCUGGGCAUAGACUUCAGCGACAAGGACAGUAAAAGCUGCUCCGUUGGCAUGGUGCUGCCUCUGUGGAGUGACACCAAGAUCCAUCUGGAUGGAGACGGGGGUUUCAGUGUGAACACAGUGAGCCGGAAUCAUGUCUUCAAACCUGUGUCUGUACAGGCCAUGUGGUCGGCUCUGCAGAUCCUCCACAAGGUGUGUGAGGUGUCCCGCAGGUACAACUACUUCCCCGGGGGCAUGGCCCUCACCUGGAUGGGUUACUAUGAGAGCUGCAUCGCCUCAGAGCAGAGCUGCAUCAACGAGUGGAACGCCAUGAGAGACCUGGAGACCUUGCGGCCUGACUCUCCCACCAUGUUUGUCGACAAGCCCACAGAAAGGGAGCGGACAGAGUGCCUUAUCAAAGCCAAACUCCGUAGCAUCAUGAUGUUCCAGGACCUGGAGAACGUCACCUCUAAACAGAUCCGGACGGAGCUGGAGCAGCAUAUGAGCUGUAACCUGAUGCAGUAUAAGGAGUUCAUCGACAACGAGAUGCUGCUGAUCCUGGGCCAGAUGGACAAGGCAACACUCAUAUUUGACCACCUCUAUCUGGGAUCUGAAUGGAAUGCCUCCAAUCUGGAAGAGCUUCAGGACACUGGGGUGGGCUAUAUCCUCAACGUCACCAGGGAGAUAGAUAACUUCUUCCCAGGAACAUUCUCCUACCACAACAUACGGGUCUAUGAUGAGGAGACUACAGACCUGCUGGCCCACUGGAAUGAGACAUACAACUUCAUAGUUAAAGCAAAGAAGAACCACUCCAAGUGUCUGGUCCACUGUAAGAUGGGUGUCAGCCGCUCGGCCUCCACCGUUAUUGCUUACGCCAUGAAGGAGUAUGGUUGGUCACUGGAGAAGGCCUUCAACUUUGUCAAGCAGAAGAGAAGCAUCACACGGCCCAACACAGGCUUCAUGAGACAGCUGGCUGAGUACGAGGGCAUCCUGGAUGCCAGUAAGCAGCGUCACAACAAGCUGUGGCGUCCUGACCGCCCCGACCCAGACUGUGACCUCCAUGAGGGACUGCAGGCCCAGUGCUGUGGGGGGGAGUACCCAGCGAACCGUACCCCUGAGCCGGGGAUGUCCCCCUGCUAUGAGGAGGCUCUUGAAGAGAAGGGGGCGGCAUGUCCCCUUUCCCCCUGCAGGAUGAUCAGCCUGGAGGUGGACCCCGCCUACAACAACUACUACUUCCGCAGGCUGUCUGACUCUGCCCUGGACAGUGACCCCUCCACGCCGGUGCGCGCUCCGCCCCUCCUGGACAUGGAGCGGGUCUUCAUAGAGAUUGAGGACGUGGAGCGCGACGCCCUGCUGGAUGACGAGGCCUUUGAGGGGCGGGAGGGCCUGCCGCUGCCACACUUUGGGCUGGCUGGGGUGGGGACGGCGGCCCAGACCUCUUGCCGGGGACCAGAGCCCCUGGAAGAGCUGCGCCUGCGUCUGGAGUUCAGCACUGUAGAGGAGGAGGAUGAGGAGGAGGUUCAGAAAGAUGAAGCAGAGAUGGAGGCGUUAGCACAGCCAGGAGGAAGAGUGGGGAGUGCAGGAGGAGGUGAUGGUGAUGGAGAGGUGGAGAUGGUUCAGGAAGAGGAGGGAGAGAAGGAGGGCAAUGGGCUGGACCUGGUAACCCUGAACCAGAACUCCAACAAUAACAACCACUUUAAUACCCUGUCCAGCCUCAAUGACACUGCUCCUUCCAAACCCGCUCACCCAGUCAAGCAUUCAGCCCUCUCGCGAUCAGACAACAAGCCCAGCCAUAACAUGGAUUCACUGACCCAGGAUUCUGAUCUCUGCCUUAACCCCACACACCUCCCCAGUGUGCCCAGUGUCUCUGUGGAGGUCCCAAGUGCCACUCUCCCUCUCCCACUUACCUCCCCCGACACACCCUGUUCCCCCAGCCUGCUGCACCCCUGUGGCCCUCUGUGUGACUGUGCCAACUGUGCUGCUCUGCCCUCUACACCUCUGCCUGAUGCCCAGGACUCCCCCUGCUAUCUGACAUCUGAGGACAUGGCUGGUGAGGCCAAGGGUGAGGAAGGGAAGCUUUUAGGGGUCUCUGAGCCUCUCCCUGUCACAGAGCUGCUGGGACUGAGCCUGGAGGAGAAGAGGCCGGCGGUGGCCUGCUACGUGGCCCAGCAGCAGGAGACUCUAGUGGAGCUACAGAGGUCAGGGCUGGUCCGCCGAAGGGCAGAGAGGCUGGAGAGGCUGUCAGGUCUGUCCCAGGAGGGGCUUCAUUCCUUGGAGCCUCUAGACAGCCCCCACUCAGGAGCCAGAGAGGUUCCCAGUCCUGUAGAGGUAGAGUUCUCAGCUUUCCCAGAAGACUUCCCCAAGUCCUCCACACCAUGCCCAGUGCCCCUGGAGCUUCUGGUGGUUCCUCUGACUAACGAGGUCCUGCUGGGUGCAGUGGGGUCUGGGGGGGUGACGCCCAACUCUUCCCCCCAUGGCUCCACACUGACACGUAGCUCCAGCAGUGACAGCAUCCGCAGCGUCAGGGGCAAACCCGGCCUGGUGCGCCAGAGGGCUCAGGAGAUCGAGACCCGCAUGCGGCUGGCCGGCCUCACCGUGCCAUCAAGCCUCAAACGCUCCAACUCACUAGCCAAACUGGGCAGUCUCAACUUCUCGGCUGAAGACCUGUGCUCCGUCUGCUCCUCGGAUGCAGGCACCCUCCUGCUCCUCUCUCUUUCCCCAGAGCCAGGCCUAGAAUGGGAGUGCCCCUCCACCUCUUCCUCCGCCCAGCCCAGAGCACACAGGGACCAGACCACCCCAGAGAGAGCACUGUCCGGGGGUCCCAGGAGCUGACAGGAAGGAUGGAGGGACACUCCUCCACCCAUCCCUCCAUCCCCCACUCUGAGCUGGGGAGGGUCACACAGAUUUUGGAGAGGGGAGAGGGACAGUCUUAAAAAACAAAUGUGUAUAUAGAAUUAUACAUGUAUAAAUAAACAUUUGAAUAAUAUAAAUAUAUAUUAAUAUAAAUCCACAUCAUAUUUAAGGAAAAAUUAACAGAAUCCAAAUAUUAUACCAUAAUCCAGAUGGUAUCUUGGUUAAAGCCUGCUCGGUAUCUUGGUUAAAGGCUGCUCGGUAUCUUGGUUAAAGGCUGCUCGGUAUCUUGGUUAAAGGCUGUUCUUGCAUGGAGCGCAAUGAAUGUGUGUGCAAAGAUGAACCUCCUACAGAAGACCUGGUCUCCAUCAGGACUUAAAGUGGUUUUCAUGUCUGGUCAUCUGCCUUUCUAGCUGUCCAGAGAUCAGAGUUACAGCUUUAUCAUCAUCAUAAUCAGUAUUAUAUUAUCAUCAUCAUAAUCAUUAUCAUCACCAUCA